GUCCGUUAGGCACGCUCUCACUUAGUGACGAGCACUCCCCUUUGUGUACCAGAAGGAGUCUACAUCAUCCGGAGCGCGGUCGACGGCCGCGUACUCGAGAUUGAACAUUCCAGACUCCGGACGCAGCGACCCGUUGUGCAUGCCUACGUCACGCCUUUCUGCGAGGGCAUGAGUCAGUAUCAGCUCUGGAUGAUCUUCAAGCGCGAAGGCAAGGAACUUCGGUACACGAUCAGCAGUCUCGCAACAGGCGCCGUGCUCGAUGUAUUCUGGGGCCAGGCCUUACCGGGCACGCAGGUUAUCGGACACUCGCCACACGGCCAACCGGUGCAACUUUGGGCCUUCCACGCGACGAGGAGCACGUCGACGUGAGUAACUUUCUGUCUCUGUGAUUAGUCAUUAACGUGGCUUUCGGGCCAGGUAUGACUACUGUACCAUUCGCAGCUACGGCCCGCCUACAGUCAUGGACGCCAAGUGCCCAAGCGGCAAUGACUGCGAAUUGCUGCAUAUGUCGCACCUGCAGGCCAGCGGGCUAUACACAAGCCAGGAAUGGUUCCUCAUACGGCUCCCCAUUACAUCCUCUGUCCCGUGGAUGAUGUCGACCGCACCCCACUUUGCCUCGAACGACAUUCCGCGCCGGAAGUUCUGGCUACAGAACGUGGCCUCUGGUAGGUACAUGGCAGCGAUAGGGUUGGAUGGCAAUAUAGACGACGGGAACAUCGCCCUCGAAGUGGACAGCGCACGCGCAAGCCUGUGGCACUUUGUCGUCACGACCGAAGGUGCGUUCUGGCAGGCAUAUCCGGAGCACUUUGCCAUCGUGACGGGAAUGGCGCCGAACCUCGCGAGCCUCGACCACUACGCGCAGCGCCGCGUGCUCGCGAACGCGAAGCGCUAUUGGACGAGCGACCCCCAUCACAUGUGGAAGGCCAUCCCGCGUGACGGCGCAUUCACAUUCCUCAACAUGGCGUCGCAGUGCUUACUGUGCCAGAAUCGCACUGCAGCCGUCGUCGAUACUGCACCGCCGUCGACAUGCGACGACCCGGGGUGCCUCUGGCGCCUCGUCGACCCGCGCAUGGGCGAGCCGUGCAGGGUGCUCUACGACGCGACCGCGAACGUUGUGCCGCCCGAGAUUGCAGGGGCAUCUGAGGAUGUUGAAGAGUCACUGCAGACAGUGCCGCCUCAGAUACUCCUAAGGUCGCAGGACGCACCGGCAGACGUUGUGGGACGCUUCGCAGAGAGCCUCAAAGCGGAGCACGAGCUCGUGCGCGGGAUGCUUGAGAGCGGACACACAGCGGUUGUGCUCGCCCUGCGGCUCGUAAUGGGCUGGAAAAAAGGGCGGAUAUCGAAGAUAUACCUCGAUGAUGAGGACUCGACAUUCGGGAUGCCAAAGUUCAAGGGGAAGGAGGAAUUUGAUCCGUGUCCGUCGUGAAUGUGUCCGCCAGAGGGAAUAACUUGAAGUUGUAAUUUUACGUGGCAACUGCAAAUCUUU